AUGUCCAUCAUAACAACGCCAGCGCUUCUCAGCCUCUGGACAGACGCCCAGCGUCAUCCCGAAUGGGCCACAACCCGAUUUUGGGAAUAUUUUUUGAACUGCAUAGUUUUCAACCAAGACGAAUGGGCCGCGUCCUCGCAGCAGCCCCCGUCGCAUGUGCCAGGGGUGAGUCGACGAGUGGACUCGGUGGUGGAGCACAUCGAUCUGGCGACAGGUAUAAGCAGCACCGUUCUUUUUGUCGAAAUGAAGCGCGCCGCGGCAUCACAGACGGAAUUGACCGGAUGCGAACACCAGGCGUUCACGGCCGGAUGCGAGUUUUCCAUAGAUACGAACCUGUCCCGAGUCUGGGCGAUGACAUGUAUCGGCAGUCAGGCUCGGCUCUGGAUCGUUGGAAAGAACCGAGACUACCUGAUUCCUUAUUUCCUAAUAACCCAUGGGAAAGCUGAGCGGGCAGAGUAUGUGGAAGUCUCUGGAACAGGUGGUAUACAACUUCUCCACUGUCUCAACUACAUUAAAAGUUACUCAUACCCGCCGAGCGAUGUCGUGGAACAGUUGCUUGCCAGUUCUUCGAGCGAUGAUUCAUCCUACCCUAUGGACGACAGUAGCAACGAGCCUGAGUCACCAGAAGUAUCUGCUCCUACCCCGGCCCAUACCGUGGAUCCAUUCACUUUACACGGAGGUGACACGACCAUAACCGGUGACAACGGCGACGAAACCACACCAUACCAGUACUUGGACCCUAUAACGCAAGAUUGGAGCGGGGUGGUGGGUGAUACGCCUGUAACGACAGGUGUCGCCGGCAUCGAGGCAGAAGCCGAAGCGGAGGAGCAGGCAUGGGUCAAGGUCAGCCUCCGCAAGAUUUCGCAUAUAACAAGACGAGACGAGUUCACCUUCCCCGCCGUGGACGGAAAAGUGAGAUCGACGGACAGGGGCGAUUGGGAUAAGGUCAUCUAUAAGAACAAAAAUGCCUGGUUUAUCCGGUACAGAGGAACCUAUUACUACACGCGUAACCAACCGACAUCGUAG